AACAUGAUGAGCUAUUAUCACGGUAACGAAUCUGGUCAAAUACCCGGAAAGCUUCCCGGCACCUGGUGGGAAGGCGGCGCUAUGUUUAUGACUUUGAUCCAAUAUUGGUAUUGGACCGGCGAUACUUCUUACAACGACGUCACAGCUCAGGGCAUGCUUUGGCAGAAGGGACACGAUGACUACUUCCCCUCCAACGACAGCAACUAUCUGGGGAACGACGACCAGGUCUUCUGGGGUCUGGCCGCCAUGACGGCUGCGGAAUUGAAAUUCCCAGAACAAGAUGAUCAGCCUUCCUGGCUGUCCCUCGCACAGGGGGUCUUCAAUACUCAGGUGCCUCGCUGGGACACGACGACCUGCAAAGGUGGUUUGCGAUGGCAAAUCUGGCCUUACCUAGCAGGGUACACCACCAAGAAUGCCAUUUCCAACGGUGGUCUGUUCCAGUUGGCCGCUCGACUUGGCCGCUAUACACAGAAUGAGACAUAUAUCCAAUGGGCGGAGAAAAUCUGGGACUGGAGUGCAACCACGCCCCUCUUGAAACUCACGGAAUGGACGAUUGCGGACACAACAAGCAUCGAGGCCCAGUGUCAGGAUCAUGGAGAUAUCCAGUGGACGUACAAUUAUGGAACGUAUCUCAGCGGAGCGGCAUACAUGUAUAACUUGACCAAUGGCCAUGAGAAAUGGAAAUCUGCCAUUGACGGUUAUCUUAGGACCACCUUUAGCAAAUUUUUCCCUGCGGAAUAUGGCGGCCAGGUCAUGUCGGAGAUUUCCUGUGAGCCGACCAUGAACUGCGAUCGCAAUCAGGACUGCUUUAAAGGCUUUCUGUCGUCGUGGCUGACCUUCAUCGCCACAAUUGUGCCCUAUACAUCCAGUGAAAUCAUGCCCAAGAUCCAGCAAUCCGCCCUGGCAGCCGCGCGACAAUGUGUCGGAGGGGACAGUGGCAGCCAAUGCGGCCGUCGGUGGCACCAGAACACCUGGGAUGGAAGCACCUCUCUUGAGUCGGAUAUGAGCGCUCUCAGUGUGAUUUCGUCGACGAUGAUUGCGUUUCACCAGGGGGCGGAACCGCUAACCUCUCAUUCUGGUGGCACCAGCAAGAGCAACCCGACCGCUGGCACUGGUACCCAUAAGGGGACCCCGAAUCAACCUAAACCCAUCACGACCGGAGACCGUGCAGGUGCGUCGAUCCUGACCAUCCUGUUUUUGGGAACCUGGAUCUCGGGUGUUGCUUGGAUGAUCUACGGUGGCUGAGGAUGGCCAUCAAUUGGUCGUUUGACGGAAUUGUGUACUGAGUUCUGUACCGUGCAUAGAUCUGCGGGGAGGGACCAUGCUGCAGCUCCUCUAGGAUGAAAAAGUGCUAUUUUGUAAUCUGUAUUCUGGGCGCGGCGCUAAGGGAGUUCGGAAUCGGUUACGGAUUUUGACUUGGGAUAGGAUUCUAUCGGAU